AUGCCUUACCGUCCAACUGCUCCUGUUCCUAUUCCAGCUCCAAUACCUCAUUAUCAAGUUCCAGUUCCUCAAUAUCAAGCUCCACAACCUCAGUUCCAGGCUCCUCCACCUCAACAUCAACAGAGAAAUCAACAGAAUAAUCAACCACGUCCAGUUCAGCAGCAACGACCAAAUCAACAGAGGCCAUAUCAACAGUACAAUAAUGUGAAUACCACUCAUAUCCCAAUGACUUACACUCAAUUGCUACCAUAUCUGAUUCAGAAUGGGACUGUCGUGCCAAGGGCAUUACCUCCAAUGCCGAAGCCGCAUAAGCCUUGGUAUGAUGAGAAUGCUAUAUGUGCCUUUCAUGCUAAUUCAGAUGGUCAUACAACAGAGAAUUGCAAAGUGUUCAAGCUCCGGGUCCAAGAGUUGAUAGAUCAGAAAAUAUUGUCUUUUGCUGAUGUUCCAAAUGUGGGUAACAAUCCUUUACCUAAACAUGAUAGUUCAGGUGUCAAUGCUAUAGAAAGUUCAACUGAUGAUGGAUUGAUAAAGGAUGUGUUCAAGUUGAAGACUCUUUUAACAGUGGUCCAUGCUAGAUUGAUGGAAGCGGAAUUGAUGAAUGGAGUACAUGAUAAUUGUGUGGUGUGUUCGUCCAACCCUGAUCAGUGUGGUGAAUUCAAAAUUUAUCUUCAACGUUUGAUGGAUCAGCGGGUUAUUCAGGUCACUAGAGCAAAGAUUGAUGAGGACGUUGCUGUGAUUGUGCCUGUGUUUGAUCAAGAGAGGCUUCCCAAGCCUUUUGUGGUCCCUUAUCAAAGAAAUGUUGACCUAGAGCCAGUGAAGAAGAUUGAGCCCAUGGUUAUCCAUGUUCCCGCUCCAUUCUCAUUUGACAGUACCAAAGUCGUGCCUUGGAACUAUGAGCCUGUAGUUUAUGUGGGUAACGAACCAGUAAUCUUGAAAGAGCCAGACAUGACUAACAUCGCUGGAGCUAGUGGUGUGACUCGAAGUGGAAGGGUUUUCGCUCCUGAAGUGAUCCCAAAUAAAGAAAGUGCACCAACAGUUGAACCAACGAAGGGGAAAGAGGUGAAUCCUCCAAAAACAGGAGAUGGCUCAUCUAAGAAAGCAUUCUUGAAUGAAGCUUAUGUGGCAGAAGGCAUCAGUGUUAUUCAGUUUGAUAAUGUGAUUGCUAAUCUCAAUGCUAGUAGUUGUAUGAUGUUCACUGAUGAUGAUUUACCCCCUAAUGGGCGAGAACAUAAUAUGGCGCUUCAUAUCUCCAUUCAGUGUACAGAUGUUACUUUGGCUCGAGUACUGGUGGAUACAGGUUCAUCCUUGAACGUGUUACCUAAGACUACCCUGGCACAAUUGAAUAUUGAAGGGGUGCAGAUGAGACCCAGUGCUUUGAUAGUGAAAGCUUUUGAUGGAUACAUUGAAGUAGGUGAAGACAUUGUUGAAACUCCUCUCCAAGCCCUUGAAGUGGUCAAUGUGGUACAGACAAAGGCGAAACUUGUUGAAGAACCCAAGGGGGUCAUGACCUCGUGGAAGAGUGUGAAAGCUGCAAUUGAAGUUGGUUGCCCUGGAAGUUGGGGCACAGUGAUUGAACUACCAGAGAAGAAAGACAAGUGUGGAUUAGGAUAUCAGCCGUCUAUUGAACUUUUCAAAGAUCAGAAGAUACAUCAGGGGAAGGUUCCUAGCAUCCAGGAAAUAUUCUCCAAAGCUGGUUUCCGAAGUGAUGAUCAAGUGAAUGCUCUUGAAGAUGAAGAUCCAGAUUUGUCCAAGAUAGUGUUUCGUGGACCUCCGGAUGCUGCUCUCACUAAUUGGAAGGCAAUAGAUGUUUCGGAUAUAGUUUCGUGUUCAAAGUAA